CAAUAAAGUCCACUUUGAGGCGUUAGCCGGGCUGGUUAGCUUCCUAACUCACUGCUGUCUCUCCCUCAUUUCGGCAGCUCUUUCUCUCUCCUCCCCUCCAACCCGAAAACGACAAAUUUCCCACACUCCAAUCUUCCAAUCGCCAUCUUAUUUUUUCUGGGAUUCAUCUCAAAUUCAAACAAAUUCCUCCAACGAUUCAAUCGAAUUUCAUCUUGAUCUGCGGAAAUUGUGUUUUUAUUCACUUGAAUUCACCUUCAAAAUCCCCAAAAAUGGCGCCAGUUUCAGCUUUAGCAAAAUACAAGCUCGUCUUCUUAGGAGAUCAAUCUGUUGGUAAAACCAGUAUAAUCACUCGUUUUAUGUAUGACAAGUUUGAUAAUACUUAUCAGGCUACAAUUGGUAUUGAUUUUCUAUCAAAGACCAUGUAUCUUGAAGAUCGUACUGUACGACUACAGUUGUGGGAUACUGCUGGGCAAGAGAGAUUCAGGAGUCUUAUACCAAGUUACAUAAGGGAUUCGUCUGUGGCAGUCAUUGUAUAUGAUGUUGCAAGCCGACAAUCUUUCCUUAACACUGCGAAGUGGAUUGAGGAAGUCCGCACUGAGAGGGGUAGUGAUGUCAUUAUUGUCCUUGUUGGAAACAAGACUGAUCUUGUGGAUAAGAGGCAAGUCUCCAUAGAAGAAGGAGAAGCAAAAGCUCGUGAUCUCAAUGUUAUGUUUAUUGAAACUAGUGCAAAAGCUGGCUUUAACAUAAAGGCGCUGUUUAGGAAAAUUGCUGCUGCAUUACCGGGAAUGGAGACACUCUCUUCGACGAAGCAAGAAGAUAUGGUUGAUGUAAGUCUCAAGUCCACGUCUAGUGCACCCCAGUCGCAGUCCCAGGGAAGUGGAUGUGCUUGCUGACCUUACCUCAUAAUUCUCCAUGGAAGUUGCAUUCUGCUUAGUUUUGUGUACCUUUUUGUACUUUCGGCCUUGAACUCUAGAAAGAUUUUGCUCUCUUCUCUGAAGUAAUCAUAGUGAUAAUGUUGUGCUGUUCCUGCUAGAGUAAAAGAUUGUUCUUUGAGAAUUUGAGGGACUAAAGGACGUAGAAAUAUUCGAUUUAUUAUGCUAUUAUUUGUCUGAACUCCUACGUAUUUCAGAUAUGAAUAUGACUUGUUAGCUCAAAGAGACAGUUAGCUUCCUUUGCCACACUCUGUUUUUUGGAAGCAUACGGAGCUAAUGCUUGCUAGCGUGAUUCACAUCCUCAAUUCUCAAGAUAUGUAUUUUUUUCAAUUUUGUU